AUGGAUGAGCAAUGGGUGACUUCUGUCGGGGGCCCUUCCAACUCCUCCGCUCCCCUCACGCCAGGAGGGCAACCACUCAAGAGUCCCAGUCAUUUUCCGCGAUCUCACUUUUACACGGACGGCAGUGACUCCGGCGAGGACUCACACAUUUUGGGAUUCAUGGGCCCCUCUUCUUCCGAAGAUAACUUCAACAGUCACGAAAUGGUUGAGUCAGGGGAGGAAUCUGACGCCGGGACUGCAUCACGAGUCAAGCCAGGGAGUAGCCGACAAAGUGAAGUAGAAGGCGAGAUUGCAGCAUUCGAGGCAGCUGUGGAUGACCAGGCGACGGUUCGAAUGAGUCGAGGAAGUAACGCUUCCAAUUCUAGCGAGGUAAGUUCGGUUAGUAGCGUUGGGCCAAGACAAGCCUCGAGUCUCGGGAAAGCCCCUAUGAGGGAAGACAGCCUAGGUCAUAGUGUUUCUACAGCUGGUUAUCAGGCAGACAUGUCAACGACACUGGACAGAGUUCCAAGCUCGGCUAGCUCUUCUCGGGCAAACACAACCUCGACUAGGUUUGAUCGUAGACCUUCAUAUCAAUCUUCGUCAUCGAGACGAACCUCAACUCACUCUCCUCAGAGCCGACGUACCUCCUCUUCCCACAUUUCGCUCAGGGAGCAGCCGAUAAGAAGCUCGGCUAAUCCCACGGAUUUGUCUUCGGAUGAUGAUGGAACACCAACUAUAUCUCGGUCCUCCUCGGGUGUUACACAACGGCAAACUAGGGAUCGAGAGAUUCUACAUGGUGAAGUUAUAGUUCCCAGAUGGCAGCCGGACUCGGAGGUAACUCGAUGUCCUAUUUGCAAUGCUUGGUUUGGCUGGCUCAACAGGAAGCAUCAUUGUCGAAAAUGUGGCCGUGUGGUCUGCAAUUCUUGUUCUCCGCACCGAAUUACAAUUCCCUAUCAAUACAUUGUGCAACCUCCGGACCAUCCCUCUCCAUACAACUCCAUCGCCUAUAAUCGUCUCCAUGAUCCACAGGGUGAAGGACGCACAAAUACUUUAGAGUUUGGUGGAGGCGAUAGAGUUCGCCUGUGUAAUCCUUGUGUACCUGAUCCUAACGUAGCUCCUCCUCAAACCAACCAGACCGGCUCUAUCACGGAACCGCGACAUAACUUUGGUAUCGGAUAUCACGGCCGAACACAAAGUUCCAUCGUUCCCACUACAUCUAUACCUGGAAGUCUACCAACUGAAUCUCAGUUUCCACUUCAGGAUCAUCGUCCACACACGGUUCGUGGGCAAAGUACUUCUGAUAGAUCUUCAAUAGCUGGGUCAAGUUCAAAUCCUCGAACGGCAGAAGAAUUUCAGCAUUGGUAUAGAGAGCGAGCUUCUUUGAGCUCCGGGCAAGUUACACGUUCGAGGAGCUCAACCGUUGCUGUUGCGGGGCGGGAUACAACCGAAGAUAUGCGUACUUUUCUCAGGAACUUUCGAGGUCCUUCUCCCAGCUUACGAAAUGCACCAGAUGCUCCUACCUCAACAGCAGGUAGACCAUACGUCGUUUCAGGCGAAGACUUACGUACUCGUCCUUUACCACGAGUGCCUCAAAUACCAGAGGAAGAUGAAUGCCCUAUCUGCCACCAUGAACUUCCAUCCACAUCCCUCGCGAAUGCAGAAACUCUUCGAUCUGAACAUAUAAUCUCUUGUAUCGAGCGCACCACAUCUAGGCUUUCUACUGGUACCCCGACUUCAACACCUACCCCACCAAUCCCAUCGGUAACACGGCCAGCUCUGCCUAUCACCCAGACAUCUACUCAAUCAAACUCCUCUCGCGCCUCUGCCUCUUCCACGCCAGUCAUGCCUCCCCCUCUCCCAUCAACUCCAUCAGUUGGACCCUCGCAACCUCGACGCACAGGAGUCUUUUCAUAUAUUGCCACAGAGAAAGAUUGCCAAGAAGAUGCGGAAUGCCAAAUUUGUUUAGAGGAAUACGAGCCCGGGUUGGAAAUGGGCCGGUUGGAAUGCUUUUGCAAGUUCCAUUUGAGUUGUAUCCGGAAGUGGUUUGAAAAACAUCCGGGACGGUGUCCGAUGCAUCAACAUGAUGAAUAUGGAUACUGA